AUGGCAAUGACAUCGACUGCAACAUUUUUAACUGAACGUACAAUUCAUUCUGCAUGGAAUGAUAAUGUCAGUGCUAUCAAUACUGUAGCAUUGAAUAUUUUUUCGGGUAACACACAUACUUAUUUGGCAGCAGACAAGAUGUCUGAAGAUGAUGAAAUUGAUCGUACUAUAAUAAACAGAUAUCCUAAUGAAUAUUUAAAUUCAUUAGAUCCUCCUGGGCUACCAGCUUUUAAGGUAGAGUUGAAAGUGGGCUGUCCUAUAAUGUUGUUAAGAAAUAUUGCACCAAAAGAUGGACUGUGCAAUGGCACAAGAUUGAUGGUUUCUAGAUGUAAUACUCGCAUAAUUGAAGCUCAAAUUUUAACUGGAGAAAAAUUUGGCAAUUUGGUAUUCAUACCAAGGAUAUCCUUGACACCGUCUUCUUUAGAAAUGCCUUUCUGA